AUGUUUGAGAGACUCGGGAAGGUAGUUGGUCGAGCAAUGCAUCGACGACAGGCGAUGCCGGAUGCUGCACUCCGGACGAGACUUCGAUGCAGCAGACUGUGUCGGGCAAGCAGAAUGAGCUAUCCCUUCCGACGAACGGAGCUGACAGGACUCGGCAACGCCGAAAUCCACAAGAAGGCCGCUUCCCAGAGCACUGUUGUCACCGUGACGGAGAAAGCUGUUGUUAUUGCCCUGCAGGCUGCAUUAACUCGACCAUCGCUCGUCGGCAACGCGGAGAGCGCAAUUCUGCGACUUCAGCUUUGCGGUGCGCAUACUGCGUUGCGGGAAGAGGCUGCGCAAGGUUUGCUCACUCACCAAUGUGACACUCCAGAGCGCAGCACAGCCAAACUCAAGCUGCCACCAUUCCGGGCAACGCUGUGGCUUACGAUCAGCUACGCCGUCAUCAUCAUCACCGCCUCACCACCACCACCAUCACCACUGCACCAUUCUCAUUGUCACCACCACCGGCAGCAUCGUCACCACUGUCGUCGUUCCGUUUCGGACUACCGUCUCACCAACUACACUCACGGUGUCGCAGUCGAUUCAGUUUCACUGGAGACCCUCAGCACCUUGUCAAAGUUCAAUCCGGCCACACGUUGGGAAUCAUUGCGGCUCGAGCUGCGACCUCAUUGCUCAUCCAUCUUAUCGGCACAUCGGAGGUACUGCAUCCUCGCUUGGACACAACGACGCACUUCUGGUGCCAAGCCCACCAUUCAUCGUCCCCGACAAGCUCUUUCGCUUGAGCUUCCACCGACAAGAGCCAAGCGCUUUGACGACUUUGUUCUCCGACGACAGUACCAGACUGUUGCUCGCAACAUCUGCUCGGAGGAUUGCUAA